AUGUCAUGUUUGGUACCUUUAGCCGUUGGUAGUUCCUUUGUGUUUUCUAAAGUCUCUGCUAAAGAAACAAUGAAUGAGUUAAUGACAUACUCGAAAGCAGGACAAAUCGUUCAAGAAGUGUUUAGUUCACUGAGAACUGUUCUUUCACUCAAUGGUAGCAAAUUUGAGCAGAAACGAUAUAAAAGAGAAUUGCAUUCUACCCGUUGGAGUAAUAUACGACAAGGUGCAAUGUUUGGGGUUUUUACUGGAUGGCUAUCUCUGAUAUUCUACCUAGCUUAUUCAGUUGGUUUUAUCUUUGGUUCUCUUUUCAUGUCGGACAGAACUCAUCACAGUUUGGAUAUUAGUGAUAUUCUUGUUGUAAAAGCUCAAGGUGCAGCAGCAGCGGUCUUUCGACUUAUUGAUGAGAGAAAUGAUCCAAGUAUCAAUGAAGCAGAUGUAUGGAAAGAUGAUACAAAAUCAAUUUAUAAUAUCAAUGGUGAUAUUCAAUUUGACAAUGUCGACUUUAUUUAUCCAUCUCGAAAAGAAGCACCAGUUCUGCAUAAUCUCUCUCUUAUUGCUCGUGCUGGUCAGACAACUGCUCUUGUAGGUUUAAGUGGUUGUGGAAAAAGUACAUGUAUGACAUUGUUUCUUCGUUAUUAUGAACCUUCAUCGGGUCAAAUAACGAUCGAUGGUCGACCAAUAACAGACUACAAUGUCAAACAACUUCGAGAAAACAUUGGAGUUGUUAGUCAAGAACCCAUUUUAUUUGAUAUGAAUAUUUAUGAAAAUAUUCGUUUUGGUAAACUAAAUGCAACACAAGAAGAAAUUGAACAAGCAGCACGAGAAGCUAAUGCACAUCAUUUCAUCAUGCAAUUACCAGAUAAAUAUAAAACACUUGUUGGUGAACGUGGUAUACAGUUGAGUGGUGGUGAAAAACAACGUAUUGCAUUAGCUCGUGCUCUUAUUAAACACCCUACAUUUCUUUUACUGGAUGAAGCAACAAGUGCACUUGAUAAUGUUAGCGAAAAAAUUGUUCAAGAAGCACUUGAUCGAGUAUGCCAUGGUCGUACAACUAUUGUAAUUGCUCAUCGUUUGACUACAAUUCAAAAUGCUCAUCAAAUAUAUGUAUUAGAUAAAGGAAGUGUAAUUGAAGAAGGUACACAUGAAACAUUGAUGGCAAAAGAAGGAGGCAAAUAUCAAGCAAUGGUCAAACGUCAACAAAUCGAAGGAAUCUAUGAUGAUCAAGAUGAUAUGAUGAGCAUACAAAAAGCAACAGAAGAAGAUGAAAAGUCAAUACUUGAGCGAUCUCGUUUAAUAAGUGAUGGUCAAAUUCUUGAUUUCAACAAACAAAGUUCAAAAUCAUUUAGACAAAGAUUUGUCUUUUUAAGGCUUUUGUCAAUGAAUAGUCCUGAAUGGAUUACGAUCUUAAUUGGUUGUAUAGCAUGUAUACUUAAUGGAGCAGCUCAACCACUAUUUGCAUGUUUACUUGUCAAAAUAGUUGAAGCUUUCAAAUAUUGUUCAGUCUCGGAACGACGUCAUCACAUAUUGCUUACUAGUUUUCUUUUUUUACUUUUGGGUGUUGGUUUAUUUAUUCUUCGUUUCUUCCAGUAUACUGCUUUUGCCAUAUCAGGAUCAAAAUUGACAGAACGUAUUCGUUCGAAAGCUUUUGCAUGUCUUCUUCGUCAAGAAGUUGCUUAUUUUGAUCGACCUGAAAAUAGUUCUGGUGCAAUUUGUACUCGCCUUUCUUCUGAUGCAUCAGCUGUUCAAGAGAUGACUGGUACACGAUUAGGAGUCAUCUGUGAAUUUGCUGCUGAAGUUCUUCACAAUAUGCGUACAAUAAAACAAAUAUCAAUAGAAAAGGAAGUAUUACGACAAUAUUCUGAACUUAUUCAUAAACUAUUUAUAUCUAUCCGUGUUGUUGCAUCAGUUUCAGCUGCUGAAGCAUUUUUUGAUUUAUUUGAUCGAAAACCAGCUAUUGAUAAUACAUCUACUGAAGGACAAGAAUUAGUUGAUUUUCGUGGAGAGAUCAAAUUUGAUCAAGUCAAAUUUAUCUAUCCAACUCGACCAACAGCUAUAAUUCUUGAUAAAUUUCAAUUGAAUAUCAACCCAAGUCAACAUGUAGCUCUAGUUGGUGGAUCUGGAUGUGGAAAAUCAACAAUUAUUCAACUAUUGGAACGAUUCUAUGAUGUUACAAGUGGUAAAAUACUUAUUGAUGGUAUUGAUAUUCGAAAACUAAAUCUUCAAUGGGUUCGUUCUCAUUUUGGUCUUGUUAGUCAAGAGCCAGUUUUAUUUGAUUUAACAAUUGCUGAAAAUAUAGCAUAUGGAUUAGAGAAUGUUUCAAUGGAAGACAUUAUCAAUGCAGCAAAAAGAGCUAAUAUUCAUCAAUUUAUUGAGCAGUUACCUCAGAGUUAUGAAACAAAAGUAGGAUUGAAAGGUAGUUUUCUGUCAGGUGGUGAGAAACAACGUAUUGCUAUUGCUCGAGUUCUUCUUCGUCAACCUAAAGUAUUGCUCUUAGAUGAAGCUACAAGUGCCAUGGAUUCACACAAUGAGCAAAUCGUACAAGAAGCUCUUGAACAAGCUGAAAGAGAAGAUCCUAGUCGAACAUCAUUGAUUGUUGCUCAUCGUCUUUCAACUAUUCGUUCAUGUGAUUUGAUUUGUGUACUUGAAAGAGGACAUAUUGUGGAAAGUGGCACUCAUACAGAGUUGACACAACGACGUGGCGCUUAUUAUAAAAUGCUUCCUCACGACAAUUUAUAG